AAGAAAAGUCUGUCAAAAACGAAACCGGAGUGGAGGAGAGUUGUUUUGAUGUCCGUGAUUGUCUGAAGUGUUUGUGAACGUUUUCAGCUCUCGUCUAUUUUAAGUGCGUUGGUUACGCUUAAAUGGCUUAAAACAAUCCUCGGUAUUAACUCCGGAGACUUUCAUCCUUCCUUUACAGUUGAACAUUGCUGGGACAACCAGUCACGCUAGAAAUGCACUUUCUUGGCAUUUUUCUUGGCCUUUUUGUGCUAAUUUUAUCCGAUUCAUCACUGGGUUUUCCUGUUCCAGUAGAUACCAUCAUAGUGCAGGUCCAGCAGUGGGCAGUGGUGGGAGCUCUGCAGGUCACAGAGCAAGUCCUUCUCAAUGGAGUCUCUCUUAGUGGAAAAAGCCAGGAAUUUGACAGCAUUAUCCAAACCAUGUCAGCUGAUACACUCCUUCCAACUCUUAUCAGUGUCAACCACACGUCCAGCCUGAUGAACCACACUGUUCUUCAUUCUCGUGAAUGCAUACUGGAGGGGUCUCAGCUGCACUGGGCUGACCGUGUGUUCUAUGAUGGGAAGGUGUUUCUGACUCUGGACCACACUGACACGUGGACAGCGCACAUACCGGAAGCACUGGCCUUUAAAGUGUUGUGGGAGCAGGAAGAGCAGCGCACAAAGGCGGAGCGGAUCCACCUUCAGGAGGGAUGCGUCAAGAUGAUGGCAAAGCUGAUGCUUUCUGAGGAGCAGUCUGUUCCAGGGAUUCCCUUGCCUAGGUUUCUGAUCCCAAUCUUGGCGCUCCUGGUGUUUACAGGACUAAUCAUCAUCAGUCUCAUCCUCUUCAAAAACCAGGGUUUGAGGCACCCUGGAGGUGUUGUUGGCUCAAUUAUACAUUACCCCAAGGACAUGAGUGAGACUGCUCCAGACAUAAAAGGCAAUGGUUACCGUACCUUGUAAUUCAAAGCUCCAGCUGGUUAACAGGGCCACGUUUGAGCUUUCUAGUCCAUUUCCACGGUUGAAUGUCCACAUACUGAUUUAACACUUCCACUUCCUGCUGUGUACAGACAGUAUUGCUCCAUGAAUGUAACCAAACGUGUGGUCUAGUUUCCAGACUGCAUUAUGUUAUGCACUUUAAUGUAAUUAUCACACUUUACUCUGGUGCAUUUAUUCCAUAUACUUUUAAUAUGUGUGCAUGCAUAUUCACAUAUAUAAACACACACAGAAAUGUAAUCAUGUUGACUGCCUGAGUCAAUAUACAAGCUUCUUUUUGCACAAUUAAAAACUGUAAGGGCAGACAUUUUAAUCAUUUCUGGACUAAGCUAUUCAGGUAAACAAUUUAUGUGUAAAUGUAUAAUAAAUAUGUUCUAUGUUAAGCAUGUACAGUAUCUAAUGCAAGUUAAGACAAAAAAUAUCCCAACUUGUCUUACAAUCGGUGAAUAAAGCCCUGCUCUCAAGUGCUUUUAGUUUUGACCAAUCACACUGAACUCUGCCAAACACUGGAUGGACUACUGUCAGUGUGUCCAGUGAUCCAAAGACUGUGUUGUGUUGUUUGGUUUGAGAUACUGUCCUUAUGGUUUUCAUAUUUCUUUGUGUCUUUUCUAUAUGUUUGCCCCUAUGAUUUGUUCAUGUAAAAUUUAAAUAAAAUGUUAAAUAAAAAUUAUAUUAUAUUAUUA